UUUUGUCGAUGUGUUAAUCAUAUGUGUAUAAAACAUGACGAAUCUGUUGAAUUCAAUAUCGCAGAAGAUGCUACACACUGAAACGCUAGGAUUUCGUAUGUUCAUAGAUAAUAUGCAAUGGAUGAAACAGCAGACACGUUGUAAGAAGUAUUUGCCGUUUUAUAUAGAAACACGCAAACGUGCUGCUCACAAAAGAACUAAGAAGAUAAUAGUUUCUAAUAAAUCGGAUCACGAUGAGUCCACGGACAAUGUAGACACGGAAAAGUUAAAAUUUGUAACGCAGCUUGCAACACCUUCACAGGCUUUAGAGGUGCUAAGAAGUUUCAAAUGCGCUGAAACGAUAUCAUCUAAACAGCUGAAGCAGCAUACAUUCAACCUAUGGACAAAGGUAGAUGUUAAGAGAGUAGCAUUGCGUGGUAUGACUAUGCUGCCACAUCCGGUUGGUCCUAAGCCGAAAGUAGUUGCCAUAUGCGAAGAUGACGAAGCAAGGCUGGCAAUUGAGUGUGGAGCUGCCUACGCAGGUCUAGACAACAUCCUUGAACGAAUAGCAGGUGGCUGGACUAAUUUUGAUACGUGCGUUACUACAACUGUACAUAUGCCGAAAUUGGUUAAAGUUGCUCGUAUACUAGGACCGAAAAAACUAAUGCCUAAUAUGAAAGAGGGUACUCUGGCAUCCAAUCUGCUCGAUGCAGUUAGACGAAUGAGCAGCGCUAACUCCGUACAGUUUAGGGCGUUACCCAUAAAUGUAGAAACAUUUCAAAUACUUAAAUAUCUAGCUGGAAACAAGAAAUUUGAUUAUGAAGUUGACCAAAUUGGUGUCAUUGAGGUGCCAAUUGCAGAAGGUGAUGCGUCACCUAAGGUAGUUAUAGAGAACUCAAAGCAUUUCAUUAAUGAAGUGAUUAGGCAAAGGCCUAAUAUCGCAACCAAAACUAACUCAUCGGAUUUCCAAUGGCCUCCACCUAGAAGAUCUGCUAACGCCAUUCUGGAAUCAUUUGUAGGUUUUGGAACAGAAUCGCAAGCAGAUGACGAUUUCAUCGUCGGUGCCGCCCUUGGUAUGUCUAUAGAUGGUACAGCCCUGCUAGAACCGAUAUUAAUAGACCCUAUACAUUUACGUUGAACAUAUAGCGGCAACGAUGUAUUACU